AUGGCCACCGCGUCCCGGACGUUUCUCGCAUUCCAACACAACGCGAAACUCCACACCUUGCAAACGGUCGUUACAGCCGUACGCCAGUUCACCGCGCUCGAAGAAUCCAACCGCCAGCUCUUCAAGCAAGGUAGUGACCAAGAUCAUGUCGUGGUCACCGAACAAACGAUUUUCCAUCCGCAAGGCGGUGGCCAGCCUUCUGACGUAGGCGUCAUCACUGCUCCAUCGGGCACCUCCUUCACCGUAGCUGCUGUCCGCAUGGAUACCGUCCAAGACGGACAAGUGCUACACCUAGGCCGGUUCAGCACAGCAUCGUCAACAGACAAUUUCACUCCAGGAGAGAUCGUGCAGCAAGCCAUUGAUGUGGACAAGCGCGAGCUGUACUCACGGCUGCACACUGCAGGCCACGUCCUCGGUUCUGCCGUUAGACAUCUGCUUGAGAAGGAAAUUGACGGGUUUGAUGAGUUGAAGGCAUCACAUUUCCCUGACUCGGCGGCCUGUGAGUUUAAGGGCCUUAUUGAGGGUAAGUGGAAGGCGCCGAUCCAGAAGAAACUGGAUGAGUUUUUGGCGGCCGGAAUGCCGGUGGAGGUGGAGUGGUGGGACGAAGAUGAUUUCCGAACCCGGGGCCUAGAGAAGUUGAUACCGGACCGUAGUCUGGUGCCACCGGGCGAAAAGUUUCGGGUGGUCAACAUCGUAGGGGCAGAGGUAUACCCAUGUGGAGGCACACAUGUUGAUACAACGGACCUGUGUGGGCCUACGACAGUAAAGAAGAUUUCGAGGAGCAAAGGCACGUCGAGGGUCAGUUAUACAGUGGAUUAA